GGCAUGUAGUCAGUGCAGAAUCACUCGCAUUAUCAUCGGCAGAUACUUUCUUGUGCCAGCAGUACCGCUUCGAGAUGUUCAAAUUUUUCGUUUUCGCCACCAUGGCUACCAUCGCCAGAGCCGGAGCACCCGUGGCCUAUGCCGCUGCACCCGGUCCUUUAACUUACGCGGCACCUGCUGCUCACGUAGCGUACGCAGCUCAACCUACCCCAAUCGCGUAUGCAGCCCCAGCACCAGCUCCAGUAGCCAAAGCUGUUGCUGUUGCAGACGCUGACUACGACCCCAAUCCUCAAUAUUCGUACAGCUAUAACAUCGAAGAUGCCUUGACUGGUGAUAGCAAAAAUCAGUAUGAAACACGUAACGGGGAUUCCGUCCAGGGUAGUUACUCCCUCGCUGAACCUGAUGGUACCAGAAGGAUUGUAGAAUACACCGCUGAUCCGGUGAAUGGAUUUAAUGCAGUUGUUCACAAGGAACCAGCUAAAAUCGCAGCCGCUCCAGUAGCUUAUGCAGCUCAUCCAGCUCCAGUAGCUUAUGCAGCUCAUCCAGCUCCAGUAGCUUACGCAGCUCAUCCAGCUCCAGUAGCUUACGCAGCUCAUCCAGCUCCGGUGGCUUACGCAGCUCAUCCAGCUCCAGUGGCUUAUGCAGCACAUCCGACCCCGGUUGCCUACGCAGCACAUCCAACACCUGUUGCCUAUGCCGCACCUGUGGCCAAAUUUGCUUACGCCGCCCCUGUAGCGAAAUUUGCAUCGGCUCCUUUGGCUUACGCUAAAAUUCACUAAUUUGUCCUGUGAAAUUUUCUGUAUGUCGACUGAAUCUGAUAUAAUUGCAAGUAUUUC